AUGUCGAAAACAAUCGAAACCCAUCUGCAAAGCAACGAGGUGCGAAUACCGAAGAAAUCGAACGGCUUCGAUCUGACCACGUCAACCGGUGGCGGCGGUGGCGGAGGUGGUCCGUGUCAGUACUUCAAGAGUUCGUUCGCCCGGUCGCUAUCGUUCAGCCAAGGGCCGGGCGGUCCGCCGGGUGGCGGUGGUGUGCGCGGACCUUACGGGGGCGCAGAACAGCACUUUACCCGGUCGCUGGAUUUUGAUGUAAAUUACGAUCCGAUCGGUGGUGUUGGCGAUCGCAACGACAUGGAUGGGGGUGGUGGCGCGCACCAAAUGAUGAUGAUGAUGGGCACGCCAUCCUCCGCCUCGCCCGUGUAUGAGGAGGAGGGCGAAGGGACGGUGUCACGCGGUGAAAGUGAUCCCGAUCCGGACGCGGCGUCGCUGGGCGGGCUGAAUGGAAUCGAGACCAGCAACGGUGGCAUUGUUAAAACGCUCUGGAACUACGCCAAGGGACAGGACAUUAAAUCAGCCAACAGUAGCCCCGCCAAACGAGCCAUCACGUUAAAGUCGAACGGUACGCUCGGUGCGCGAAAAUCCAUCGAAGCCAACGAAAUAGAAGUUUUACGUCUGCGCAAGGAAUGUCAGAACCUGAUUGAGGAAAAUCGACGGCUCGUUAGCAUAGCCAGUGGUGCCGGUAGCGGUUAUGCGAUCAACGGCAUACUGAACGGUGGUGGAUCCGGAAGCCUCUCAACGCUGGGCAUGGGAGUCCCGAACGGUGGAAGUUACAGUAGUGUUGAAUCUGUGAUCCUGCAAACUCAAGUCGAAACGCUACAAUGGCAAUUAAAGCAGGUCGACUCCAGCCGACACAUGUACCGGGCCGUAAUGGAAGAAGUUGUACGGUUUCUGGAUCGCUGUUACCGCUCCCUGGAUGCGCUGCAGAGCGGACAGAUCGGUCGAUCGAAGAGCGUGCUACAGGUGUCGAAAACGAGCGGUGUGCAACACCAUCAUCAGCACCACCAGCACGACUCCGACAGUAGCAGUGCGAGUAGUCCGCGGGCCCGCAGCAGCACCAACCUGGUCGAUGUUCAACAGAAGCCGUACACCAAAGCGGGAGGAACGACGGGCCAUAAUGGGCGCCUAGACCAUCAACAACACCAACCGUCAUCGCUGACGUUGAUCAACAGUGCAACGGCGGCAGCGAAUCAGCAUGCCGUACCGUCAACUCUUCACGAGGACGAUUGUAUCGUUCCGCCAUCACCUGCCAGCUCCUAUAGCACCUUUAGAGAUUUUACCUGGCGACGCUCACCGAAACGAACCCAGACUCUGCCAAUUUCCAGCAACGAAGUUGACCCGGAGAAGCUGGCCCAGGAGGCGUUCCGUUUGCUGCGGACGGUGCAGAAUCUGCUCAAUACACAGGAGCCGACGCUGGCCCAAUCAACGAACGCACUGGACAGCCUGAUCUCGGCAUCAACGGCGGCAUCCAGCUGCGGCAGCAGCACCACGCUCACCGGUGUCGGUCUAUCCGCUUCCGGCGCGAUGCUCGGCAGCACACCGACACUUACCGGAACCGGCGGCGGACUAGGUGAUGGAGGAGGUGGUAGAACCGUGGGAGUCUCGAAUGGACACGGUGGAGUAGGAGGGGGAGGCGGUGGUGGAGGUGGGGUAGGAAACCAUCCGUUGGUGAACACCCGAAGUACGGUAGGCUUCAAUCGGAAGCUAAACUUGCGCGGCAGUCGGCUAUCGGUACGGAGCAGUACAGCCGACUCGGUACAUUCGACAUCGUCCUCCACGAAGACGGAAACGGAUGAGGACAAUACGGAUCGUCCGUCGCCGCCGCUCCUGUUGGCGCAUCACCAUCAUCUUCUGCACCACCAAACGAAUGGUGGUGUUAAUGGUGGUAGCAACGGAGGAGUUGGUGGUGGCGGUUCAGGUGGCGGAGGAACUGGUGGAGGUGGUAGCAGUAGUAGCAGCUGUAGUAGUAGUACCUCUGGAAAUGGUAGCAUCAGUGGUAAUGGGCACCACCAUCAUCAUCAUCACCACCACCAUCAUCACAAUCCGGCCCAUCGGUACAGUGCCAACAUUGAGCGGAUUAAGGAGAUGAUGAUAUCCAGCUCGGCGGAGGAUGAGAGUGGUUUCAGCUCGAUGAACUCGUUCCAGGAAAUUGGGCUGCCGUUGAUCAACUCGACGAUGCUGUCCUCGGUGGGAAGCAAUCACGGUGUUAGUAAUGGAUCGCUUGGCGAUGGUUCCACGUCCUCGAACGAGGGUGGCACGAACAGCAGCAAUGGUGGAAGCAGCGGUGGCAUCAACAGUGGCUACGGAGUGUCCGAAGAUUCAUCCGAGUUGCGAGAAAACACUGUCAUCCCAACAGCGGCCAUGAACGGAGCAGCGACGAACGCUAACGGCAGUGCCAACAAGCUGGGUAUUCCGUCUUCACCUUCCGUCAAAGCGACGACGACUCCAUCGAGUGGCAGCAAUUCUUCUGCUGGUGCCAGUACUACUACCACCGGUGCAUCCAGUGGAUCCCCGUUGCGUGCUACGCAAACGGCCAGCUACGAGCAUCAUACGCAUUUUAUCAACCAUCGUCGUUGGGAUUCGGCACCGGUUGUGCCACCGAAGCUGAAGAUUCACGCCAGCGAAACCGAUACCGUGUCCCGGGUUCUCUGGGUGUAG